AUGGGAAAUUGUUGUCCUAAUCAUGAUCUAAAAACAUCGUUUAUUAGUUCAAUAAGUGAUGAUAAAAGUAAUUAUUGUAUUUUAAUUAAAGCCAAAUUUGCAACUAAUAGUGCAUCUAAGUAACCUGCUUUAGUAGUUAUUCCACCACCUCCAUUAAAAUAACAGAUUAGUGAAGAUGAUUUUAUCAAAACAGCAAUACUUGGAUAAGUAUGAUAAAUAAUUGAAUUAGGGUGCAUUUGGUAUAGUUUUUUAAGUAAGAAAGAAGGACACUAAUAAACUAUAUGCUAUGAAAUAAAUAAAGAUUUAAAAAAUAAGAGAAUGCAAUUUAGAAACAAACACUGUUUUAGAAAGAAAUGUAUUAAAAUAAAGUAAACAUCCUUUCAUUGUAAAAUUGAAAUUUGCAUUCCAAAAUCCAAAAUACAUUUUCUUUGUAAUGGAAUGUAUAAAUGGAGGAUAAUUUUACAAUGUUCUGAAAUGUAAAAAAAAUGGAUUGCCAGAAAAUGUAGUAAGAUUUGUUGCAGCAGAAGUAGUAUUAGCACUUGAAUAUUUAAAUACAAAAUUAAAANUAUAUUUGA